CGACGGCAGCCAACAGCCAGCCAACAGCCAGCAGCCACUCCUCUCAGCCUCCGUUGAUACUUACUCGCGCGUGUAUCUCGUCAGUCGGCUCGGAGCCACGUGCGUGUGCUCGAGAGUGGCUCUCGUCGUGUCGUUCGAGGCUUCCACGAGGCUUCUCGACCCUCUCCUCCUUCUCUUUAUUUUCUUUUUUUUCUUCCUUUCUCUUCUUUUCUUUUUUCUUUCCUUCUUUCUUUUUUUUUUCUUUCUUUCUUCUUCAUUUUCCCUUCAUCCGUCGUCCCUCCCUCUCUCUCUCUCUCUCUCUUUCUUUUUCUCUCUCUUUCUCCGUUACUCCUCUUUGAAACAUCGUGUGUGCCUCGACGAACGAUCUCGUCUUUUUCUUCCUAUUUUUAUCCUUUCCACCAUCAACGAUCAGUGACUUUCAACGGAUCAAGGAGAACGUCAACGAUCCCUCAUUGAGAGAGAGAAUUCCCACGUUUCUUUUAAAGAACGAAAGAAAGUGUAAGGAUUUAAAAUAUUUGGUGAAAACCACUGUGGAUAAAAGCUCCAGUAGCAAGACCCGACGAGACAGAUGGUGUCGGUCGAAGGGACUAAAAAUAUCAUUUGGUUCCGCGGUAGGAACAUUGCGAAUCAUAGCUCUACGGUGGCUGUAAAUGAUGACGGCUGGAUAGAUUCAUUUAGUCAGGAAACAAUUACGGAACAAUCUCCAAAGACCGGAUCCUCGAAAUUAUCUUAUUUUACUAAUUGGAGCGAAUGGUCGGUCUGCGAUCGACACUGUUCACAAAAUCGUGUUAGAAGAUGCAUAACGAAGAGUCAAUGUGGAACCACUGUACUUAGAGAAGAACGUACUUGUGAGCAUAAAAGAAAAGGACGUAGAAGAAGAUGCAAGCAACGUCAACGUCGAGGACGAUGGAAAACAGAUAAAUUCCACGUGGUACAGUUGCCAAAGGAAGCCGCGCCUAGACAUGGUAGAAGAAGAGGUACCGAUGUCAAGGAUCAAUUUAGCAGUCAUUAUGGCAAAUGGAGCAAAUGGUCUCCGUGUACAAGGUUAUGCACUACGCAACGUCACAGAUGGUGUAGAAAACCUGGCAUCUGUGGUCGCGACGUAAUACGAGAGAGUGCUUAUUGUUACGUCGAGGGUAGCUUUUGCCAAAGAUGGAUACAUCGAAAAAUUCGUGGGAGUCGAGAGGAAGAUAACGAUGACGUGAUAUUGGACGAGUAUGAAUUGAAUCCCAACGCCGUCGACAGUUUCGUUCCUGAAAAGACUCAACCAACUUGGAAAUGCGGAGUUAUGAAUUCUCAGAAAAAUUCUAGGCUUUCUUAUUUCACUCGAAUCAUCGGUGGUCGUCCAGCUGUUCCAGGAGCUUGGCCAUGGCAGGUGGCUGUAUUAAACAGAUUUCACGAAGCAUUUUGCGGAGGAACUCUGGUCUCUCCGAAAUGGGUCUUGACUGCCGCCCACUGCAUAAGAAAACGCUUGUACGUUCGUAUCGGUGAACACGAUUUAACGGUGAAGGAGGGCACUGAACUGGAGCUCAGGGUGGACUCGGUAGUAAUACAUCCAGAAUACGACGCUGAUACCGUUGAUAACGACGUUGCUAUGUUACGUCUUCCAGUUAAUUUGACUCCUUCUCCCUCGAGAGGGAUCGCUUGUCUUCCAGCGCCAAAACAACUUUUGCCAACGAAUCAGUUGUGUACGAUUUUAGGUUGGGGCAAGUCCAAAGUGACCGAUGAUUUUGGUACAGACAUUCUUCAUGAGGCUAAGAUACCUAUAGUUUCACCAGAAACUUGUCGACAAGUUUAUGUGGAUUAUAGAAUAACUGAUAAUAUGUUUUGUGCCGGUUAUCGUCGUGGAAAAAUGGAUUCCUGUGCUGGUGACAGUGGUGGACCUUUGCUGUGCAGAGAUCCUCGAAGACCCGAUCACGGUUGGACUAUUUUUGGUAUUACUAGUUUUGGGGAAGGUUGUGGGAAACGUGGAAAAUUCGGAAUUUAUGCCAAGCUGCCGAAUUACGUUAGGUGGAUUACAAGAGUCAUGAAACAGGACGACGAACGUAAUUAGAGACGAUUUGAAAAUACAAUGUAUUAAAAACUUUCAGCGAAAACUUGGCAAACUUCUUCAGCGAAGAUUUCAACGAUGUGAUCAUAAUAUUUGUCGACAGUGUUGGAUUAUAUUGAAAAAGUGCAUAAAGUGCUGAGUGAUGUCUAACUUUAACUCUUAGGUUAAUAAAUACAAGGCGGUUACUAAAAACGUAGAGAGACAGACAUUAGAUAAACGUUGUUAGUGUAGCCUCGUUAGAAACAUUCUUCUAAUUGCGCCAUUUUUACGAACUUUUGUAAGCGAGUUAUAGAAGAAUAAUCUAAUUUUUUUUUUUUUCUUUUUUUUUAUAUAUAUAUAUAUAUAAUCCAAACGAUUCACAGUUUGUUGCAUUCGCAAAUUCUUUAUUUGAUCAUAAGAAAUGUAAUGUCUACAAUGAUAAGUGUAAAUGAAAAUUAUUACAUUUGUGCAGCCUG